UUGGGCGGGCUUUUGCCUCGCAGGCGACUGGGGCCUGGGCCAGGCAGGCCUCGGGAGGUGCCGGGACGAAGCCCACCGGGCAGAGGGGCGGGGCUGGGGCCUACUAGGCUGAGAGGCGAGGCGGAGCUUGGAGGACCAAAGCGCGCCUGCCUACUGGCCGGGGCCAGAGACGCACGCCCCAGGAGGUUUCUUUCCCGGGCUGCGGAAGGAAGGUGCUCUCGGCGUGAGCAGGGUUGCGCCGCGUCUUGCCAUCAGCGGCGUUUGGCGUCCGCGGCGAGUGCAGGGGAACGGGUGCGCCUGCGCUCGCUGGAAGGAAGCGGCUGCGCAGCGGAGAAAGAUCUGCGCCCGGUUGACUAAGAACUUCCGUACUUGAAUUUGGAAGACUCGAGGCACCCUGAAGGUGCUCGGCCGCUCUGGCUUCGGCCUGUUGCUUCAACUCGCGUUGAUCUCAGGCGUUGUUUUGGUUUCCACGUGCUCUGGCCCGCCCACUGCAGCCGCCAUCUUGGAGGCCGGAUCCUGACCCCGAGGUGAACCGGAAGGACUUCCAGGGGCGGGGCCUGUCUCAUUUCCCAGGUACAAAGAAUGGUGAUUUCAUACAAGAGCGAAGUAAAACAAAGAAAGUGCGUUUUACCUAAACAGGAACUGCGUUUUUAGUAUGCAGACGGGAAGAGGGAGAACAAGCCGGAUGAGAAGACGGAAGCUCUUCAAAAGUUCUGAAUCGAGAGGAGUGAAUGAGAGCUACAAGUUUGAAUUUAUAGAGCUGAAGAAGUGGCUGAAAGAUAGGAAGUUUGAAGAUCCGAAUUUAACACCUGCUCGUUUUCCAGGUACAGGAAGAGGGCUGAUGAGCAAAACAUCCUUGCAGGUGGGACAGAUGAUUGUUUCAUUGCCUGAGAGUUGCCUGCUCACCACGGACACGGUGAUUAGAAGCUACUUAGGGACGUACGUUACUAAGUGGAAGCCGCCUCCAUCUCCUCUGCUGGCUUUAUGUUCCUUUCUAGUCUCAGAAAAGCAUGCUGGGGACCAGUCUCCCUGGAAGCCUUACCUGGAGACUCUACCCAAGACCUACACCUGCCCUGUUUGUUUGGAACCGAAAGUGGUGAAUCUUCUUCCCAGGCCUUUAAGAGCAAAGGCCCAAGAGCAGAGGGCUCAUGUUCAGGAGUUUUUUACGUCCUCCAGAGAUUUUUUCUCCUCCCUGCAGCCUCUCUUCUCAGAGGCGGUUGAAAGCAUCUUCACCUACAGCGCCUUCCUGUGGGCCUGGUGCACUGUUAACACCAGAGCUGUGUACCUGAGGCACAGGCAGCUCGGAUGCUUCUCUGCAGAGCCAGAUACGUGUGCACUUGCCCCAUACCUGGAUCUGCUGAAUCACAGUCCAGGCGUCCAGGUGAGAAAUCCCCGGGGGCAUGUUCUGUUUGAAUAGGAAGGACUCCAGCACGUAGAAC